AAAACGCAGUGUUUGAAUCACUUAUUCUCAUUCCACCACUUUUUCCCGUUUAUAAAUAAUCUCUUUUCCCUCCUUCCGCAGCCAAACAAUCCUCAUCUUCUUGUUCUAAUCCCAAAACCCUAUUUCGUUCUCAUUUUCAUUCCUUCACCACACCCUUCAAUCCUUACCCUAACGAUUAUAACUUAUAAUCAUAAUCUCUUUCAUUUCCCCCCAUUUUCUCAUUUUUUAUUUCUUAGAAAAACCUAAUUCAAUUCCGUUUAUUAAUUAAACCUUAUCCUUCUGUUCAUUUCAAUCCCUUCAACCGCCACCACAACUACCACCGCCGCCGCCGCCACCUUUUUCCUCUCCGACGACCUAACAUGGCUAUUCCAUUCCCUCAUUUCAUCUCCUCCGAGAAAGCCGCCAUGGAAGCCGGUCUCCUCGUGCCGUCUUCCCCCUCUUCCUCCGUCUCCGUAAUCCUCACCCAAGACGAUUUGAAGAAAAUCGCCGCCUACAAAGCCGUCGAAUACGUCGAAUCCGGCAUGGUUCUCGGCCUCGGAACCGGCUCAACUGCCAAGCACGCUGUCAACCGUAUCGGCGAGCUUCUCCAGCAAGGGAAGCUCACGAACAUCAUUGGCAUACCGACUUCAACGAUUACUCACGAGCAAGCUCUGUCGUUGGGGAUUCCUCUCUCGGAUCUCGAUACUCACCCUGUCGUUGAUCUCGCUAUCGACGGUGCUGAUGAAGUUGAUCCUUAUCUGAAUUUGGUGAAAGGACGCGGUGGAUCACUUUUGAGAGAGAAAAUGGUGGAAGGUGCUUGCAAGAAAUUUGUUUGCAUUGUGGAUGAGUCAAAGUUGGUUAACUAUUUGGGUGGGAGCGGUUUAGCUAUGCCGGUUGAGGUUACUAGGUUUUGUUGGAAAUAUACUGCUCGUACGCUUCAGAGUCUGUUUGAUGAAUCUGGCUGUGUUGCAAAGUUGAGAACUUUUGGUGAGAAGAAAGAACCUUAUGUUACUGAUAAUGGGAACUAUAUUGUGGAUUUGUAUUUUGAGAAGAGUAUUGGUGAUUUGAAGGUUGCGAGUGAUGCGAUUCUGAACAUUGCUGGUGUUGUGGAGCAUGGAAUGUUUUUGGAUAUGGCUACUACUGUUAUUGUCGCAGGUGAACUUGGGUUAACUGUGAAGAAUAAGUAGUUCAGAGUUCAGAAUUGGGGUUUAGGAGAAUAAUAUUUUAGGUUUAAUUAUUGGUUAAGGUUAUGGCAAUUUGAAAUGAGUUCUAACAUUUUAUAUGGUGUAGUGGUGAAGUAUUUAUUUAGUGAAUCGAUUAAAAGAGCUGGUUCUUGUUUUGUUUUUGUUGUUCGGGUAGUGUACUUUCAUUUGAUCCUUGUUGGAUUGAAUUGUUGAAGUAAGUGUCUUAAUUCUCUGCUAGUUUAGUUUUGUAUUUUUACUUAAUUUGAGCAAGAAGAAAGGAAAUUGAGACUUUUUAAGUGCUCUUUUGUGUGGUGCGUUGAAUUAGUUCUCCACACAAUUUCUUGUUGAAUUGAUGUGUUUAUCCUAUUGAACUUAUCUAAUUCAACUUUUGUUCA